CCACGAAGAGAGAAACCAAACAUGCCGCCUUCAACGAAGGAAAAAUCAAAUCGCAGUGAUCAUAUUUUUGCAGCACGUUAUAUUGCAAUGAUGAUUGUAUUUUGGAGUCUCGUUAUUUGGGUUAUUGUAGCUAUUAAUUCAUUGACUGAUACGACCCCAAAAGUACGCAUCUACGUCUUCACACUCUCAGCUAGACUUGCCACUUUCGGCAGCAACAGCACCGCAACCGAACCUCCGCCGCUCACCGCCAACUGCACCGUCGUUUUUGCUUUCGACAACAACAAAAGGAAUGUGUUCGGUUAUGAUUAUUCUGGAGUACUAUAUGAGUACGAUGAGAUCGAGGCAUCGGUUGUCUGGGGCGGCCGGAACGAGACGUUAAUGCGAGCCAACCUCGAAACCGUUCUGCAGGGUAGCCCUGAGAAGAAGCCAGUGUUGCUGGUCGCGACUGAUUUAUUCGUGCCGCCGCAUCUCCAAUGGACGGCGGAUUAUACAUUAUUCACAGUCAAUGUGAAAACUAGGGUUAGGGCACAAGUCGGGAAAGAAGACGAGAAUGUGUUUUAUUUAGAGGCAACUUGUGAUGAAGUAAAGAUUGGGUUAAGCGAAUCGGUAAGCGGUGAUAGGGUUGCGGCCAUGAUGGAUGGACCACUGAUGUGUAGGGCUGUGGAAUUAAAGUCUAGCUUUGAUGUUUGAAUUGAUUAGCUGUUUUACUCAUUUAAUAAUUAUAUAUUCACGUUAUUUUUUCCAUUUUACCAUAAAAAAGUUAACAAUUUUGUAAAAAUAAAAGGAUUAGUUAUAUUUGUUCAAUAGUUCAAUUUUGAAUAUAAAGUGAAUGGCGUUUGAUGUACUGAUUUACAUCUUGUUAUCCA